GUUUAGCAUUGUAUUUGUGUAAUAUUAUAUAGUUUUCUGGGGAAUUACAGUGAUCACAAUCAAGAUGCGGAGAGUACAUAACCUUAUGAUUCCCAGUUAUUGUAGAUAAAAUUUCAGUUUGAAGGAUAGGCCAUGCAGGCUCCUAGGAGUGGUCGCCUCCUGAAAAUAGGAUGGCAAAAUAAAUGACACACGGACCGUGUACAGUCUAAGUAUGGCAUUUCCGGAAUGUUCAGUGGGAAUACCACGAUGUCAGUCAUGGAUCUCACGCAGCAUUUUAAUAGUUUUCUUGAUGACGAGUAUCAGCUGGCGACGGCAACUGCAAAUUUCCUACGGUUGAAUGACAGCAAACAGACUACAACAGGGGUCACCAAAAGUCAAGACCAUUUAAAUACAGGUUCAAGAAUUUCACGGAAUUUACAUGGUUUUGUGAACGAAAAAUACGAAGGAAGCAAUACAGACGAUUACGUGGAUUUGGAGUCUAACAGGAAGUCCAAACGACCUUCGUCGAUGGCAGCUGCUUUGUCUCAGCUUUACGAUCAAUAUGAAUCCAAACUCCGAUGUCAAGAAGACGAGAAUGAUUAUGACGAUGCAUGGCCUAACUCGCCUCUGUUGAAUCGCAGUGGGCCAAUGGCCGGGCCAAUAUAUCACCUCAUGAGUUCAAAGGUGGCAACUUUACGAGAUGGCCUUCACAGCGAUCGACGCCAAAAGCGCCACUCAUCAGACGAAAAACCACUAAUAUCAUAUGAACCGGAGGAAUCGUCUUAUAUAAAUCCCUCUACUUCAGACUUAAGUAGAAAAAGAAGCGUUUUUUACCUGAAUGAAAGCGCCAACAACUUGAAAGCUCAUGCUGAGGUAGUCGAUGCAUGUGGUCAGAAUUUCGGUAGUUGUUCAAUAACUGGCUUGGAAAAGAAGUCUAGAAGUCAGCUUCCGCGAAAUGCGCUGCUGCAAUAUUUCGGUAAAACUACAGUCAGACCAGAGGAAACGUCGAAUAUCGAUUUAACCAGGCCUAUUUUGGAACUUACAGAACCUUCAUCCCUUUCUGGUAGAAAAAAAAGCUCAUUCGUUCUUUUGCGCAUACUUGACGAUGAAUUGGUGUUAGAAGGACGGGCGACCCCAAGCAACGAAAACAUCAGCGCUCGUCGUGCAAAAGAACCAUUUGCCACAAAAAUACGGAAGCGACUUUCUAUAGAAAAAAAGAAAAAUGGCAAAACCACUAACAGUGUACUCAGGAAAAGAUCUAGUCCAACGAUCGGAAUCUCUAUUACGGAAAAGCCUGAAAAAAAAUCCGUAAUCGAUUUAAGAGAAGCCGAAUUAGAGGUUGGUCUAUACGGAGAAAUUAAUGAUGGGUUUGAGUCAACAAUAAAUUCAGAACGCAAGUUGUCUCCGAGACGCAGUGGCAUUUGCAUGGACAUAUUUUUAUGCAUGGGAUGCAAGUCAGGUUCUUCUCAGUAUAGGCAAACGAUAGAUGAUGACGAGCUGGCUCCCGUCGCCAAAAGUACAACCCUAUCGACCCCGAUACAUGGUAAUAAAGUUAUUGAUUCAUUUGAACUUAGAAGAAUUGUGUAUUGUGGAACAGAACACGCUGAAAAUCGAGGAGUUCAUCUACUUACGUGGCUCUAUCAUGCUACAUAUUCAACAGAGCACGCUGUAGAAUGCCAUGCUGCAGCAUGUGAUGACCUACAACAUGCUAAAUCUCUUGCGACCUCCCUCGGAGAAUCAAUCAGAAAAGCUGUCAGCAAGUGACUAUUUGAUUUAUAAAUGAGUCAAUGAAUAGCGACCAACUAUGUUUUUCUAUUAUGACUGCCCUGAGAAAUUGACACUCUUUUUAUUCAAACAAUUCUGCUGAUAAACUUUUACUUUUAACAAAUAUUUGAUUAUGACAAUGUACAAAAACACUUUAUGUUGUUCUAUGCAUAGAAAAUAUGUGCGAGAUGGUUACUUCAACCAAUACAAUUUAUAGAAUUAAUGAACUAAUUCAUCGUAAUAUUGUUAAUAUAUUCAAAUUAUCUUUAUAUGACAGUGCCGUAUUUUAUACGUCCAUUAUUUUAUCAGCAAUACGGACAAUGGUGAAUAAUGAUUUCUAUCAAACGAUGUUCUAUGUAAUACAGUUUAAGUUUUUAACCUUAUAUAUUAUAUAACCACGUAAUGAUGAAAUAGUAAAACACGAAUAAAUGUUUAUAACUUUUCGAUAACCAACAGAACAGAACACAAAGUGAUGCAGUAUUUUACAUAGGCUACCGGUACCAAAAUUGAUUUUAGUUCUUCAUUGAAAGAUAUUAAUUAUUUACGACAACUUUGUUUUGGAACUCACAAUAUGAAGUGUGGACAAUCUUGGUCAGUAAAUUAGUUCACUGUAGUCGUAAAAUUUGUUUGAUGUAAAGUACUAAAGAAGAAUGAAAUUUCAGAAUAUUUCUCACAAAAAUUUCUCUCUCCACCAUCACUCAAUUUCAAAACUGAAGUGUCGAGCGUAUUGAGUUGUUCACGUCAGAUAUAUACAUUAUAUAAAUAAAAUAGGUGUAUUUAUUAUUAUACUAUUCACCACAUACCAUGAAUAAAUAAUAAAAAUAUUUCAUCGCGGUUAUAUGUAUUUAUUCUAUUUUUAAAAUAUUAAACUUACAACAAAUCAAAAAUUUAAUUUCAAAAAUUUAAAUCUUCUUAAAUUCUAUUACGACUUGUGUUCUAAUAUAUCAUAUUAUAUAUGGUAUCAAUAAAUGCGACAAUGUUAUUGAAUAAUUUUAAAUCCACUUUUCGAAUCCAUUCAAAUCAUUCGAAAAUGAGCCUUUUGUUUUAGCCUGUUUAAAUAAAUGAAUCACAGAGAAGCAGUUAAUAGUUUAUGAAAGAAACCAUAACUCUUCAUUCAGUCAGGAUCUAUUUUUUAUUCAAUAUUUAAAAUUCUGUUUGUUAUUUUAUGUUCAUAUUUGUUUCAUUAUUGAAGUAAAUAUAAUUUUCUCAUUUUAGUUAUUUCCCCCUUGCUAAAAUAAUACCAGAAUGAUUUAUAAAGAUGUUGAAUUGGAAUAUAUAUUUAAUAAAUUUAUUGAGUCAUUCUAGUUAGUCGAAUGCUAGCGACUUCUAAGCAAUAAUUGAAUCGAAGUCGAGCUCAAGUUAUUUAUAAUUUUGCGUUGAAUCACAAACCAGAGACCAUAUGUUUUAUAUAUAUAUGUGACAACAACUAACGCUCAAUAUCCAAUGAUUUCAUAAUAGUACAAUACACUCUUACUUGUUAUAUAUAAUGUUAAUUAAUACUAAUAAAUCUUUGAUUUUUUUGUGAAGAAUGGAAUCAAUCAAUAAAUCUUUUGUU